AUGAAUGAUGUCACUACCUCUUCUCCUCUAGCCUAUGUAACUAGCACUCAGUUUUGUAAUUGGCAUUUUACCCCUUCGGAAUUAAUUACUCUUCGUUCAGAUUGUAAUGCAACUGCACUUAAAAGGUUACAAUCAACUAAAGAAGUAGAAAUUAGAAGUAAUAAUAAUAAGAAUAUGAACAAUACAUCAGUUGUUGGAUUAGAUCCUGAUCAAGAAUUUAAAAUUGUUAAACAUUAUGUAUAUUUAAUGAAAAUUUUAUUUGAUAAAUUUACAACACCUCAGUUACCAAAUGAAGUAUAUGGUUUUGCUGCAACCUAUUUUAAACGUUUUUAUCUUAAUCAUUCUGUAAUGGAUUUUUAUCCACGUGAUAUAAUGUUAACUUGCUUGUAUGUUGCUUGUAAAGCUGCAGAUUUCCCAAUUGGCCUUCAAACAUUCAUUUCGCAUAUUCCUAGAAAUCAAGAGCGAUAUAGCUAUCUUGUUCUCAAUUCUGAACUUUUUUUGAUGGAAUCAUUGGGUUAUGAUCUGUGGGUGUAUACUCCGUAUCAAGCAUUAACUGGAUUUGUUAUCGACUUAGUAGCAUAUCAGAGACGCAUUUGUGGUGCACAUUCUGAUUCAUAUCUAUUAGAGAAUCGAUCCGAUGCUCAGCUUGUUGAUGAGUUAUGUAAGGAUGGUGUAAAUCUAAUAAACUUAUGGUAUCAAACUGAUCUAUGCCUCAUAGCUCACCCAAGUCAGUUCGCUCUUGCUGUCCUAGUGGAACUUGGACAUACUCGGCCUCAGUUAGAUGUAGAAGUUUUUGUCAGAGAUGAACUAUGUGGUUGUGACCCAGUACAGAAGUUUAAACAACAUUCUGAGGAGGAGGAUGGUGACGAGGGUGACAGAAAACCCAAAAAGGAUAUCAAAUGUGACCCUGAGACUCGUUGGCAGGAACUGUCUAGUCGUUUAGAUUUUAUCCGACAAACAAUAAAUGAAUUUCAGUUUGUUACUGACUUGGGACCUGUUGGUGAAGAAGAAGUAAUUUUAGAUGAAUGUCGUAAUCCUCUGUAUAAUAUUGAAUCUGAUGAGUAUGCACAAGCCAAAUCAAAGGCGGAUAGCCUAAUGGCUAUGCUUGAAUAA